CAUUGAGACGAUGUUCCUCCUAAUUCUCUGAUCGAACCAGCCAAAAGUGUCGUGUGCUUAGCCCACUCGAUCCAAUUGAUUUCUGCAUAUCGAAAUCGAAAACCCUACUAGUUAAUCUGUUUGCCCCAGUUUGUUUAACAGGAAAUCGAAGCUAUCAGUUCUUCACGGAAGAAGACAAAUGCAUGCUCGGGACUGGAAUUUCAUUUCUUGUGAACGGAUCGAGCGCUGACUAGUGAUUUCAUCACACUCCGUCUUUUCUUUUUUGGGUGAAAUUAACAGAGAAGAAGUGAUGGAAGAUUAUCCUGAAGAACUGAGAACUCCGCCAGUGUCCCUGAUAGCGCUGGUUGGAUGCCCUGAGCUUCACGCCACGAUCUCUACUCAUCUCCACUCUGAGCAACCGCCCAUUAAUACAUUAGCCUUGCCCGACUUCUCUAAGAUUUCCGUAUUGCGUAGGUCUCCACCGAAGCAAGCCACCGCCGCCGAUUCCCCUUCUCCUGGCAUUUUGAAGAGUGAUUGGUUGCCAAAGCAUCGAACUAAGGUUCCUGCUGUUGUUGCUGCUUUCUUCAGCUCUCAUCACGUCUCUGGCGACCCCGCCCAGUGGCUUAACCUCUCUUCCCAUCUCGAUGACAUUAAAACCGUCAUCCGUGGAAGGAACACCAAAUUGGUCGUGGUUGUUGUGCAGUCAACAUCCAAGGAUGAGAUCAGUGAAGAUCGCAUGAUUGCUUUGCGAAAACGUGCUGAAAUAGAUUCCAAAUACUUUGUUAUCUUUGUCCAAAAUGAUGCAUUCGAACUACAACAAUCUCUUAACAGGCUAGGGAGCAUAUUUGCAGAACUGGCAAUUAUGUAUUACAGAGAUGAAGGGCGAAGAAUUAAAACACGUAUUGAGAGGAAGAGCUUCAAUUCUAUUGACUUGAACAUUCGCUAUUGCUUCAAAGUUGCUGUGUACGCAGAGUUUUGCAGGGAUUGGGUUGAGGCUUUGAGGUUUUAUGAGGAUGCCUAUCAUACCCUACGAGAGAUGAUUCCAACCAGAUUGCCAACAAUUCAAAGUUUAGUCGAGAUAAAAACUGUUGCCAAGCAAUUGCAUUUUAAGAUAUCAACUUUGUUGCUGCAUGGUGGAAAGGUUACUGAGGCAGUUACAUGGUUUUGCCAACAUAAUGCUUUCUACAAAAGGUUCACUGGGUCACCAGAAGUUAUAUUUCUUCACUGGGAAUGGAUGUCCAGGCAGUUUUUGGCUUUUGCUGAGUUACUGGAAACAAGCUCCACAGCCAUUCAAAGCAUUUUGGCCACGGCAUCAGGCAUCGGGGACAGACCUUUGACUGAAUGGGAAUUUUAUCCAGCUUAUUAUUAUCAGAUGGCUGCUCACUACUUGAAAGAGAAGAGAUCUUGCUUGGAAGUGGCACUUUCUAUGUCAGAAACUGUUAAUGACAUUGAUGGCAGUGCUGAAUCAGUGAUACCUUCUGUUUAUGUGGGUCAAUAUGCACGAUUGGUUGAGCAAGGAGAUGCCGUUGCAUUGGAACCUCUUUCUGAUGAAGAAUACAUCCGUUUCUUCCUCACAGAAGGGAAGAGUUCCCUGGAUUCGUUUGAAAUUAUCGCUCUGCUUAAAAAGUCUUUUGAAUCAUACAGUAAUCUCAAAGUGCAGAGGAUGGCAUCAUACUGUGGAUUCCAGAUGGCCAGAGAAUAUUUUGCUGUGAGUGACUUCAGUAAUGCAAAACAGCUUUUUGAUUGUCUGACAAGCCUUUACAGGCAAGAGGGAUGGGUCACUAUGUUGUGGGAUGUCUUGGGUUAUCUGCGGGAAUGCUCAAGGCGGCAAGGGUUGGUGAAAGAUUUUGUAGAGUACUCCCUUGAAAUGGCUGCAAUUCCAGCAUCAUCUGCUGCUGGUUUCCAGACUUUAUGUUUUAAAGAAUGCGGCCCAGCUGGUCCUGCAAGUCACACACAGAGGGAAAUCUUACACAAGGAAGUUUUUGGGCUUGUUAGGGGAGAAUUGGAGUUGCCAUCGAGUGAUGGCAGCGGUAGCCUCAAUGUUACUGGUGAUUCUCCCCUUCAUCUUGAGAUUGAUCCUGUCAGUCCCCUUAGAGUGGCACUUCUUGCUUCGGUUGCUUUUCAUGAGCAGAUGGUUAAGCCUGGUGCACCCAUUUUGAUUACCCUGUCUCUUCUAUCACAACUGCCAUGUACAAUUGAGAUCGAUCAGUUAGCAAUCCAUUUCAAUCGAUCUGAUUGUAAUUUCAUUGUAAUUAAUGCUCAGAGACCGCCAUUAGCUGCAACCUCCAAUGACCAACAGGCUCACAGAGUGGAGACUGCUUCUGAUUUGGCACUUUGCAGUAAUAAAUGGCUCCGGUUGACAUACAGCAUUGGAUCAGAACAAGGUGGAAAGCUUGAAUGCAUUUCUGUGGUUGCAAGAAUAGGACCCUACUUUACAAUAUGUUGCAGAGCUGAAAGUCCUGCUUCUAUGGAUGAUUUACCGCUUUGGAAGUUUGAAGAUCGUGUUGAGAAUCUUCCAACCAAGGAUCCUGCAUUAGCAUUCUCUGGUCAGAAGUUUAUCCAAGUUGAAGAACCUGACCCACAAGUUGAUCUUAAUUUAUGUGCCACUGGCCCUGCAUUAGUUGGUGAGAGCUUCAUUGUCCCUGUUACUGUGAUCUCCAAGGGCCUUCCUGUCUAUUAUGGCGAGUUGAAGAUUAAUCUGGUGGAUGCAAGAGGUGGCGGCUUGGUGAGUCCGAGGGAACUAGAACCAUUUUCCAUGGACAAUCAUCAUGUUGAGCUUCUUGGCAUUGUUGGACCCCAAGGUGAAGAGAAAUUUCAGAAUGGUUCAGAAAGUAUCAAGAAAAUUCAGCAAUCUUUUGGAUUGGUUUCUGUUCCUUUUUUAAAUAAUGGAGACUCAUGGACCUGUAAUCUAGAAAUCAAAUGGCACCAACCCAAGCCAGUCGUGCUUUAUGUGUCAUUGGGAUAUUCCUCGUGCAAAAGUGAAUCUGCUGCACAGAAGGUCCACAUCCACAAGAGCUUGCAGAUUGAAGGGAGAACUGCUGUUGCAGUUAGCCACAAGUUUAUGCUGCCAUUCCGACAGGACGCAUUGCUACUCUCAAGAAUAAAAACUGGCCCCAGUUCUGAUCGUUUGGCAUCACUGCCUCUUAACAAAAGGAGCGUCGUCGUUGUUGCUGCUAGGAACUGCACUGAGGUGCCAUUACAGUUGCUAUCUAUGUCUAUCGAAGUUGACGAUGAUAGCAUUGGACGGUCAUGUCGCGUGCAAUGUGGAAAUGAGGAGCUGAAAGACCUUGCCCUUCUCGUGCCAGGUGAAGAGUUCAAGAAAGUUUUCUGUGUUAUACCUGAGGUGAAUAUUCCGACUAUUAAGAUGGGAACAGUGCACCUGAGAUGGAGGAGACUUUCAGGACCUAAAGAGCAGCCUGCUUCCAUCAUGACAACUGGGGUAUUGACCAAACAUAGACUUCCAGAUGUGAAUGUGGAGUCAUCUCCAUUGGUUUUGAGUUUGGACUGCCCUCCUCAUGCCAUCCUCGGAGAGCCCUUCACAUUUUCUAUUAAAAUUCAAAAUCAAACCCAGUUACUUCAAGAGCUCAAGUUCUCAUUGUCAGAUUCACAAAGUUUUGUGUUAUCUGGGUCGCACAAUGACACAGUUUUUGUUUUGCCAAAAUCAGAGCACGCCCUCACUUACAAGCUUGUGCCACUUGCUUCGGGUUCAUUGACGCUGCCCAGAGUUACUCUGACUGCUGCAAGAUACUCUGCUGGGUUUCAACCCUCAAUUGCUGCAUAUAAUGUAUUUGUCUUCCCCUCGGAACGCCACUUUAAGAUGGCUGAAAUGGGAGGAGACAAGGGGCUGGAGUCUCUGGCCGCUGCUUGAAUAAUCCUCUCAUAAUGAAUUUUCUCUGCAGAAACAAGGUGUAAGGUGCGACACAAUGGCAGAGGAUUGCCUAAUUGUGUUACAGACUAAUUCAGGAUAGCGAUUCUGAGCUCAAGUGAGCUGCUUGUAAUUAAACUCACGCUGCCUCAUUUUGGUGGGUUCUUGUGGUUUCUUUUGAUUUUCUUGCUUUGUUGUUUUUGUAUUGGGCACGUGAGUUUUAAUUUCUUUUUUCCCCCUUGUCCGGGAAAGGGUCGAGGAGAGUUAUUUUGAAGCCAUCUCAGAUUGUAAUAUCCCUCGGAAGCAGUUGAUGAAAGCUAAGUAUAUCACGUAAAAAUUUCAUUGUAAAUUUUCAAUAAUACCAUAUUUGGUGGUAAGGUAACAGGGAAUUUGUGCGGUCCAAA